GCCCUUGAUCACAACGCGCAUGAGCUCCUCGUGUGCGCGACGCAGCUGCGAGAGAGCGUAAUAUCGCAUACAAUAACGUACAGGCAGCCUACUCGGCCGUUCCAUAUAUAGCGAAUAGCGCAUGAGGCUGCAGAGCAUCGUCGCACAGCACGCGAGCAAGUCCAGUCUCAGUGUAGUACUUUUUUCACAUCGCCGCAGAAAAAGUGAAUCCCUCGCAGUUUUUUUCUCAAUUUACCUGCACCUUCAGCACGCCGUUCUUCAAAUAUAUAUAACAUAACAUUUGCUUAACGCUGCAGAGGAAUUGAUUUUCUCUUUUGUCGUUAAGAUCAUCCGUUGCUUAUUUUUAUUGAUCGUCUUCUGAUAACAGUAAACAACCCUUGACUAUAAAGUUUCAAUAAUGGUGGCUCACACUGUAUUGCUUGACUUUACUGUACCAUCUAGUCAAGUCAUGGAUGUAGAAAAGAGAGCUAAUCUCAAAGCAAAUAUCACUAAUGUUCUCGAGGAAUACUUUGUUGGGUUGAAAAAUUUGACUGAAUCCAAUGUUAAUGGCAGCUUGUUGAUUUUGUUUACUGGUCCAAAGGGUAGCUUGAUAACAGUGCGUGCUUACCCAGAAGGUUUGGUCACGGUUAACAUUGAAUACUAUAAACAAGACGAUGAAGAUGCGAUUCUAGAUUUCAAGCAAUGGGAAUACUUGGAAGCUGAUGUUGCUAUGGCUUUGAACAGCCAGCGCAGCAAACGUUUGCCACCUGUAAGACGAGGGACCAUUUAUGAACUCUAUCUGACCCUUUCAGACGAAAGAUUGCUCGAAUACGACAUUGACAAGUUGGUCUUCGAAGCUCGCUCGCCCUAUCAAAAAGUGCAGAUAUGUCACUCAAAGUCGCUUGGAAAUAUGCUGAUCCUUGAUGAACUUCAGAAUAUGUCAGAGGCUGACUUGAUCUACACCGAGACCCUCAUGCAGCGAGGAAAAGAAAAUUACGAAGGCAAAGAAAUAGUCAUUCUUGGUGGCGGUGACGGUGGCUUACUUUGGGAAUUGCUCAAAGAAAAUCCCAAGCAUGUCACCAUGCUUGAGAUUGACGAUGUUGUUAUGAAGGCUUGUAGUCAAUAUAUGAGAAGUGUUUGUGGCGAUUGUUUGGAUAAAAGGAAGACUUCCAAUUACGAGAUUAUUGUUGGUGAUUGUAUGAAAACCUUGACUCACAUGAUUGAAGAGGGACGUCAAUUUGAUUACGUCUUUGGAGAUCUCACAGACAUUCCAAUCAGUACAUCUCCGCACGGUGAUGCUUGGGACUUUAUCAGACUUAUCCUGAAUGCUUCGAUGAAAGUUUUGAAACCAACUGGCAAAUAUAUGACCCAUGGUAAUGGCACUUCGUGCCCAGAAUCAUUGACUAUGUACGAAGAUGUUUUGCAACAAUUGGCAGUCCCCGUUAAGUUUACCAAAGAUGUAGCAUUUAUUCCAUCAUUCUUUGAAAAUUGGGUCUUUUAUCAAGUUUCGCUCAAAUGAUGGAUUAGUCACAAAAAUGAUACCAAUUCAACAUUGACAAAACAACUCUGUCACAUUAAAGCACCUUUCUUAUGACACGA